AUGAGAUACGGCACACUAGCGCUGAUGGCCUUGGCAGGAGGGACCUUAGCGCAGGCGGGCGGGAUAUCAAUUCUUCCGUCUCUGCUCCAGCCGCGUGUGCAAGAAAAUAACCAUCCCUCAGACAGACCCGCCAUACAAAUCCACAACCGCACAAUGGUCUAUUCCACCAACGGGUCCAUAUUUAGCCCCCCGGAAUUAAUGCCUAUGCUGGGCCCCAAGGCUGUCCUGGAUUUGGGCCGCAAGGUGAUUCAGUCGCAGCAGCAAGAAUAUUUUGUGGUCAAGCUGGGCACAAUCGCCAAUUCGACAUGGGAUACACAGUUAUAUGAGGACUUUACCACGGUAAUAGACAACGCACAUUUUUUCCCCACACUGGUGGGGUUUGUGAUCCAGGCAUCCUUGGAAGACCACAACCUGCCCUUUUUCAAAGCUGCCGUGCGAGACAUGAAGAAGUACCUUGUGCGCAACCGAAUGAGAUACAUCCCGAUCGGCCUGGAGCUAACUUCGCAUCUCAAUACCACGGUAGACCAGUAUUUUGCGUGCAACACGCUAUAUCCCGUGGACUUCUACUACUCUAACCAGGCUAUGAGCUUUCCCAGCCCCCGAUCGGGCUCAUGUCCUGAAGAUAUGACCUUUUGCACCACAUCUCUUCCACAUACGCCAAGAGCCUCCAGAUGCGACUGUAUAAUGUCGGCGCUUCGCUGCAUGAUAAACCCAAAGAAGGUGAACCAGGAGUUCAACGAGCUGGAACGUUUUUGUGACACGGUUUACUGCGGAUCGAUAGAAAAUGACGUCGAACAAGGGCGCUACGGAAUCUUUGCCAGUUGCACCAAGCUCCAAAGACACUCAAUAGCUCUGAAUCUGUACUACUCGUACCAUGGCAACCAGGCUUCGUUCUGCCACGCGGGUGGCCUCGGCAAGCUGGUCGCCCACAACUACUCCAUCGAAAAUUACCAGUCGCUCUACGACUACAACGGCAAGUCAUGUCGACAGGAAAUUGUGGACGACUGGGAUCGAUAUUUGAUUGGCAGGGCAAGAAAACAGAUCACAUCAGGCGAAAGAGACACGGUCAACGAGGACAUCGACAACGAAAUCGAAAAUGCAUUCUUGAACUCUGCUGGGCGCACGAAAUGUACUGGCAUUCUGAAUAUGUUGAUGAUAUUGAUCUUGAUUUCUAUUUGA